AAAGUACGCGCAUGCGCCGUACAGAAAGUAGGAAGGGACACCCCUCCUUCGCUACAAUGGGGAGAGGGCUAAAUGUCCCACACUGUGCAGGCCGCCAGUACACUGCCGGGUUUAAAUAAUCGGUGCACCGAGCCACGGUGUUCAGUCUCGUUUCUGCCGCCUCGGACCAGCCUCUUCACCGAUGUUUGUGCGGUGGCUGCUGCCUGUGCUCUGGGCUCUGUCCGCAGAGGCCGACUUCUUCCAGUUCGACAGCAUCUCCAAUGUUUCCUCGUACUAUUUUAAUUAUAUUUAUUGCAACAUAUGGGAGGGGGAGUGCCAGCCCAACCAAGACGAUGCUACACAGCAAGUUCCUACCAGGGACGUUUGGGCAGGUUUUCCUCAGGACUACAUCAGCCUGCUGCAUCAGUGGUACUGUAGCCUGGGCCAGUGCUGUGACUCUGGAGACUGCAGGAUAACCAACAACAUCACAGGUCUGUCGACGGACCUUCAGACGAAGCUUCACGGGCAGCACCUGGCUCAGUCUGUGGUUCUGAAAGCCAUCCAGGGUUUUAUCAACAACCCAGAGUCCAACAAGCCACUGACACUCUCCUUCCAUGGCUGGUCCGGAACCGGCAAGAACUUUGUGGCCCGGAUCAUUGCUGAUAACCUGUAUCGUGACGGGGUGAAGAGCGAGUGUGUCCGACUGUUCAUCGCCCCGUUUCACUUCCCACACGCCAGACUGGUGGACACGUACAAGGGCCAGCUAAGAGAGGCGAUCCGGGACAUGGUGCUGCGCUGCCCUCAGACUCUGUUCAUCUUUGACGAGGCUGAGAAGCUUCACCCGGGUCUCAUUGACGCCAUCAAACCCUACAUGGAUCACUAUGAUAACGUAGACGGCGUCAGCUACCGCAGAGCCAUCUUCCUCUUCCUCAGUAAUAUUGGUGGAGCAACGAUCAAUGACGUAGCUCUGGACUUCUGGCACUCUGGUCAAAAUCGAGAGGACAUCGGCAUGGAAGACCUGGAGCAUCGGCUACGAGCUGAAACUAUGGAAUCUCAUGGUGGCUUCGCUCAGAGUGAGCUGAUGUCUGGCCACUUGAUCGACUUCUUUGUGCCGUUCCUACCUCUGGAGUACCGCCACGUCAAGCUCUGUGCUCGGGACGCCUAUGCAGCACGAGGUCUGGAGACAGAUGAAGCUACGCUCGAUGAGGUGGCCAAGGCGAUGCUGUAUGUCCCCAAAGAGGAGAGACUGUUCUCAGCCCAGGGAUGCAAAUCCAUACCCCAGCGGAUCAACUUCUUUCUCCCCUAGAAGGAGAGACAGAAAGACAGACAGACAGAGAGACCUGGAGGAGGUGUGAGAUUGCUUUGCCAGCCCAUCUGCAUUCAGAGCCACAGAGGAGAUGUGUCAGCUCUGCUUACUCUCCCCCCACCAGAUACAACAUGUGUCUGCCCAGGUCCCUCAGAGAAGGACAGACAGCAGGGCUGAUCCAGUAAUAAAGGGGAAAGCAGCGCGACCCACUCUGCAGACGUGGGCAGUGUCAGACGGUCAUGACGUGCAGUGUGGCUGCUCUUCUUCACCUGCGUGAUUUGAAUCCUCAUAGUAUCGAGAUGGAGCAUUAGACAGUUUUUUGUGGUUGUGCAGUGUAUGUGGUAGAGAGAUACUGAUUGUUCACCUUUGCCAAAGUCUCAGUUUCACUGUUCACUUUCGCUUUUUAAGUUCAUACUUCAUGUGUUAGUAUUUGCAUGUCAGACAUUGUGCUUAUAUGGACAACGAUUAUUUAUUGACAUCAUUUUUUUGUGCCAUUUUUGAGCAUCGUACUGGACAAGAUUAUUCUUUGUGGAGUUGUUUGAAUACACAUUUGAUGGUACUGUAUGGUAUAAGAAAAAAAACUAAAUGCCACUGUAGUGUGAGCAAUAGAAAUAUGGAAAAAUGGAGUGUGUCACAGCUAAUGUAGAUUGUAAUGCAACAUAUUCCCAUGAAUGGGUUUGUGUGAUUUCCGAGGAAAAUUUCUGCAACACUCUUGAGAUAUCCUACUAAAUAACAGUUGCUGUUUUAUGCAGAACUAUUGAAGGUUGUGCAACAAAACGGCUUGUUUAAGGUUAGGACAAAAAAAUGGUUAUAGGUUCAAAAUCACUGCACUACUGGCAGCAAUUGCAUCACUGGCUUAGAACAUGAGUAUAGAAGUUUCCAAAGGGACAUGAGCAGGAAACAAGCACCUGUCUCCCGGAUCAAAGUCUUGGUUUUGUAUCAUCCACCUCCCCUCCUGCCGGCCUUUAAUCCCCCCAGGUCUGCUUGCAACAUAAAUGGACAAAAUUUCAUGAAAUACCUAUAGAAUUCUCUGCAUUUCUUUCGUAACAUAACAAAAAAUUAAUUGGAUUACUUUUUUUUAGGAAUACCUACAGUUUAUGAAAACAGCCUCGCUACUGUGAUGCAAAUGUUACUUGAAAAAGUGUGAGUGUACACAUGACAAAAGCAAAUUGGGCCUCAUACAAGAACUUUCUCUUACUUUAUAAUUUAUACAAGACUUUCAAAUCAACGUUUCUUUGAAUUGAUUAAAUCUACAGUUAUUAGAUUUUUAAAAUGACUCCAACAAAUAGGUCAUGAAUUGUGUUUUUGCCAUAAUUCAAAAUUCAGAAUACAUGAAAAUUAGUGAAUUAAUAGUAAUAAGUGAACUUCUCCUAAAUCUUUCUGUUUGAGUGGUUUUUGUAUGAGGCCCAAUCUGUGUAUUUAAAAAUGUGAUUUCUUUGUGUAAAUAUGUUUAAUGACAGUGCUUUUAUUAAUUUAUUUUUUAUGUCAGUAAUUUCAUGGAUUCUUAUGAACCUGAUAUGUGUCUUUUUGUUUUCAUUAUUAUAUAAUAUACUAACUUCCUUUAUACCUGUCAUCCAUGCAUUCACUUUCACAUCAGCUCACCAGUUUGCUUUAGUAAUUUGAGUGCCAAAGCUCAGGGUCACAUCACAAGGAGAGUGUGAAAAGAAAUGUCAGAAAUGGUUUUAAGAAAAUAAACAUCCACAGUAAA